CCGGCACUUCACAAAGUGUUUCAGCUCUGGAAGAUUGAAACAUCGCCUCGGACCAAGUUGGACAGAGAGUUGAAAUAUUGUUUUCAAGGACAGAAUUUACUGAACUUAUCUGGAGAAUUAAUGACAUGUUUCUGGCACUUGACUGGUGGAUUUCGCUCGUUUGUUUGGCAGGUGUACUCCUUACCAGUUGCUCAGGUGUUAACGUUUUCGUCAGAGAUGAGAAGAAGUACUCUGUUUUGUUCCAGACUGUUGUUCUUCCAUGUCAGUACAACAGCGUCUCCACCCAGAUCCCUGUGGUGCAGUGGGUGUACAAGUCGUACUGCCGCGACCGCACUCGUGACUCCUUCAACUUGUACGACAGCCCAGGUGGAGGUUUGGGAACAGGAGGAAGUGGGUCAGUGGGCAUCAAGGUCGGCGGUGGAGGGUACGAGACCAGGGUGAUGGCGAGUUACUUGGACUGCUCUGACAACAGCCGGACGGUCCGAACCGUGGCCUCUAUCUCCGGUUCUUCAAUCACACUCUCAGAGUACUACAAGAACAGAGACAUCUCCAUUAUCAACAAGGCAGACUUACGGAUAGGAGAAGUCCAGUGGGGAGACAGCGGAGUUUACAUCUGUAAAGUGGUGAUAUCUGAUGACCUGGAAGGUCAGAAUGAGGCUUCUGUGGAGCUGCUGGUCCUGGGGUUCUCAGGUGUACCUGAAGAUCUGCUGCCAGACAUUGACUUGAAGAUUAUGCCAGAGUGGGUGUUUGUUACAGCCGUGGCGUUGGGCAGUGUGUUAUUCAUCCUGUUUUUCGGGAUUUGCUGGUGUCAGUGUUGUCCUCACUCCUGCUGCUGCUACGUCAGCUGUUGGUGCUGCCCCGACACAUGCUGCUGCCCCAGACAUUUGUACGAAGCAGGGAAAGGUAUAAAGACACGUACCGCCACCCCUCAGACACCGGCCUACCCUCCGUACUUUGUCACUGGUGUGCCCACCAUGCUACCCAUCGCUCCACCCUCUCUCCUGGAUAAGAUAUCUUCUGUUCCCCCCUCGGAAGGCACUAUGCUGUCAACAGCACCGAUGCAUGCUGUAGGUCUCCCCUACCGCGUGCCGUCUCCUCAGGAUCAGGAUUCUCUCAGACUGCUACAGUAUGUAGAGAAACAACUGGCUCACUUCAACCCUGCUGCAUCCAUCAGCCGUCAGUCCUGCAGUCUGUCUGAACUGAGCUCUCUCCACGAGGGAGAAAACGGCUUCCAUCACACGUAUCGAAACAUCCAGAAGAAAGCUCUGCCCACCAUCCCCGACCAGGAUCCUCAGCCUGAAACUCAGCGCUUUUGUAACAACCGCAGCCCAGUCCCGCAGCGUCUCGUUGACCACGGCAGCCCAGAGCACCAGCGUUAUUGUGACAAACCGCCGUCCCCUAAGCGUUUUAAUGACCACGGUGAACCUGCACAUCAGCGACGACACAGUGACGACCACUCACUUCCUUCGCAGUUACAGAGACCGGGCUGUGAUCAGCAGAGACAUCCGCACGACAGAGAAGACAAACACAACAGGUGGAAUCCUCGCUCGGAGCACUUGGAAAGAAAAACGUACCGCGCAGCUGAAAGAAGAGGUUCGCUGGAUGAGCUGGAGGAGUUUGCCUCUUUUCACAAGCUCAGAGCGGGUAGAGGUACAGAGAAAAAGGCGGAAGAUCAUGGGGAAUAUGAGAUGGAGCGCCUGGAGUAUUGUCGAUAUCCUUCCCACCGUAACGGUCCACCUCAGCACUAUUACGAAGAAGAAAGUGAGCUCAGGGGUAACGCGAACGAGGAUCAUACGAGAAGAGGCCGGAAAAAUAAAAACAACAUAAGUCCACUUCCUUCACCACAAAGGAGGAGAGGCACCUGGGAUAAUGACCGUCCCGUUCCCGCUCCCCCUACAGUAAGUCCAUCAUCUUCUGCACAGGAGAAGGACUACGAUGCCGUGUUCCUAAAUAGUCUGCUGGAGCGGAAGGCUAAGCUGCGUGGAUUCGGCAAAUCGAAAAACGCCGACGAUUCAGACACGCCGUCAAAGGGAAGCUCGAAGAAGAGCAGCAGCGAAUCCACUCGGUAUUGCGGCCACUCACCGAGCAACAGACCUGAGGUAGAUUCACUGCCUCCACAUUUAGACACAGGGAGGAGCAGGACUGAUCGACAAUCACCACGGCCACCGGCUGCACGAUCCUCCCCGUCUCCAUGUCUGUCCGUCCCCAACAGUAGAGAGGAGUCGAGAGACAGAUCUCGAAAAGUGAACACUCACCUCAGCCGAGAUUCUCUUAUCGUGUGAAUGACUGAUGAGAGCCUUGGAUCAGAUGGAACAAGGUUCACUGACACUACAUAUUACACGUAUGUCAGAAAAGAACAGGAUAUCAGUGUUUAUUGUUGAAACCUCGGGAUAUUCUUCCUCAGUGGCUGAAGCCUGGAAUCAAUCUUAACAUUUCUGGAUUGUGCCAAUCCACGAGUGAUGAAGUCAUCUUUGCCUCAUGACGUCUUUGCUGGACUUACAUUAAACUUGUGCAUUGUUUCUGCUCACUCCUCUCUUAUUGACACUCUUAUUAAGAAAACCUGACUCUGCCCUGAGCACAAUGCUUGCAUUCAUUUCCAUACAACGACACGGCCGCUGUACAAGAGCCUGGUUGUUGCACAGAAGGUACUGUAUAUGACAACGCUAUUAUAUUAGAGGACACACUCUAGAUUCAGUCAAUGAAUACAGGUCGAUUUAUUUCAACUAUUGCUAUUGUCCUUUACCAACAGUGUUUCCCAACCUUUUUUAGCCUCUUUUAGGAAAAGCCCAUGGCGUAUCACCAAACAUAAAUGUCACAAAAUAUAUAUGAAAUAAAAUUUCUAGUUCCAAUUCACUCACAAUUCACUUCCUGGGUAUAAAACGUGGGCCUGUUUAGUUGAACACAACGCUAAUAAACUUGCAGGAAAAGACACUUAUGUAAAAAAUAGAGAACACCAUGUUUGUACUAAGGUGCCAUUUGUUUGUGUGCAGUGUAAAGUGUACAUAUUCAAUGUAUGGGUGCGUGAUGUAAUAUGAUCAUUGUAACAUGCAAAGGAUAACAUUUUGCCUAAGUGUACAGUGUACAUGUGUACUUUAAAAUAAAGUAUCUUAGUAUGACUUUCA